GCAUCACCGGCUCAGCCUGCGCCACAAACACCAAAUACAGGUGGUCGGCGAAGAAGAGCUGCCAAUGAAGACCCUGAUGAGAAAAGAAGAAAGUUCCUGGAGCGAAACCGGGCUGCUGCUUCCAGAUGCCGACAGAAACGGAAAGUCUGGGUACAGUCAUUGGAGAAAAAAGCCGAGGACCUGAGCUCGCUAAAUGGCCAGUUACAGAAUGAAGUCACCCUGCUGAGAAAUGAAGUGGCACAGCUGAAACAGCUUCUUCUGGCUCAUAAAGAUUGCCCUGUAACCGCCAUGCAGAAGAAAUCUGGCUAUCAUGCUGCAGACAAAGAUGACAGUUCGGAAGACAUAUCAGUGCCAAGCAGUCCACACACAGAGGCUAUUCAGCACAGUUCUGUCAGCACUUCCAACGGCGUGAGCUCAACUUCCAAGGCAGAAGCGGUGGCCACCUCCGUUCUCACCCAGAUGGCGGACCAGAGCACAGAGCCGGUGCUUUCCCAGAUCGUCAUGGCACCUCCCUCCCAGUCGCAGCCUUCAGGAAGUUGAUUAAAAACUUGCAUUGCAUCAGUUUCUUAGAGAUACAUUUGUGACUUUAAAGGGAUAUCAACAAAAGACCAGUCUCCACCUAGGAGAAAUUGUAGCUUAAAAUUAUUCAUUUUUAAAAAUCUAACUUAAAUUUGGCUUUAAUGAUUGGCAGGUGAAGAUGAGACACAACACCAGUUCUAGUCUCUUUGCAAAAGACUUUUUUUUUUAAGUAUUAGUUUUACUAGUUAUUUUUUGUGCUUAAUGUGUAAAGUGUGUGUACAGUACAAUGUGGUUUAUUUCAUUUUUAAUUUGGUAUUAUUUCAACAAACAUUGGGGGGAAUUACUAAAGGUCAUCCCCAAGACUGUGAUAGUAAUAUUAUGUGACAUUUUUAUACCAAAGUUCUGCAUAGUCCCUAUUGACUUUGUAAUGUUAGCAAGGUCAUAAAGCACUAGGCAAGAGAAAGACAGUAACAGUACAUUUGCUUUUAGUCUUUUUGCCUUUUUGUUGUUUUGCACAUUACGAGAGGAAGAACAUUGGGAGAAAAACACUUGGGUUGUUUCAUGUAUAGCAUUUUGGUUGGCUUUUUAACUGUUGGGCUUUUUAAUUUGUUUAAUAGGGCCAGUACAGUAUAUGAGAUACAGUACUCUUAUGCACAUACCUAUCCUAGAUGAGAAUCAUUACUGAAUAGAUUUUUUUUUUUUUUUUAAUUUUAAAUUCAUGGCAGGUGUUUCCCCCCCCCCCAACACUUCCAUUCUGAGGGGAAGGAGAGCUUUAUUUCUCCAGUCAGAAUAGAUAUCUAUAACUACCCUUUUGUUGCUAGGCUGAAACCAGUAAGCAUAUUGUAAAAUACAGCGUUAUCAAAUACGGAAUACUUAGUAUUCCAAAGUAGGUUGAUAUUUUGUGGAUUUUUGAGUCACAGACUAAGGAGUUUACUCAUGGUUUUGGAUGCCAGAAAAGCCUAAAAAUCUUUCUUCAGACAACUCAAGACACCUUUUUUUUGUCAUUGUCUUGUAUUUGCAAGCUAACUUGUACUUAAUUAUUGUGUAAGCACUGUCAUCUUUUAGUAGCAAAAAUUUUGAUACCUUUCUUGUGGGGGCGGGGGGGGGAAAUAAUCAGUAUCUACCGUAUCUUGGAAACAAUGUAAUUAUAAUGUGGUGUGUGUGGUGUGUGCGUGAGAAUGGUUCAGUAGUUAAUGCCAGCAGUCUUUUGCUUGAAUGUUUAAAGAUGCCUUCAAUGUGAUGCUGGCUGAUAGGUGAUUGCAGUUUUAAAAUGUUAUUUACUGUGCGAACUUGGAUAACUAACAUUCCAUGAUGUAGUUUGUUUCUGAUGAGAUGAUUGUAGGUACACUUUUUCUCAUUAUCCAAUCAUCUGUAGGAUAUUGAGUUUUUUAAAUGUGCCAUUAUCUAUUUUGAUUCUGUACUAAUGUUCAAAAUACAGUACAAUAUUUUACAAUAGAUUAAGUUGUUUUAAAAAAGUAGAUGUGUGCUUUCAGGUCGGAAAACUUUGUAUAAUAGCAAAAACAGAUGCAUAGUAGCAACUGGCAGUAAAGCAGGAUUCCAUUAUGUAUAUAACAAAGAUUUAAUGCAUUUAUAAUGGGUUGUGUAGUUCAUUUGCUCUUCCUUCUCCAUGUGUUUUUUAAGUGUCAGUGCCAUCAAGUUUCUAUUGGAUUCAGUUUUAAAUCUAAAAAUGUAAUUGAUCCACGGGAAGAUCAUAAUUUCUGCAGUAUAUAUACAACCAUACUAUAAUGAAAACUGGACAAAGAAGUAUCUAAGUCAUAUGUGUAUCAUUGCAGGGCUUUAAGCAUGAAAAUAAUAGGGAUUCUAAAUAUUUUGUAUUUUAAAACUAAGAAAGUUGAGUUGAUAACCACCUGUGUUUAAAAGUCUUACUUUCCCAAUUUCAAGGUAAAAAGCUGUAACAGUUAUUGAACGUUUCCAGGAUGGUGAAAUACAAUGGACCUCUUGUGAGAAGGAGAUUAAUUGCAAAGGCACAAAAUGUGAAUUCUGCAAGAAAGCUAUACAGUCACUUUUCACUGUAGUUUUGGUGGACUAGAUAAGCCCUCAUUGAUUAUACUAUAAUUUGCUCUCCUAAACACAAAGGCUUUUAAAUCAUAUUUAUAUAAGUGGAGUUUUUUAAUAACAAAAUUGUCACGCUUGUAAAAUAAGUCUACGUAAGUGUAUAGGAGAUGUGUAAACAGGUAAUGGAUUUAACAGUGGGGCUGGAAAAAGAACCAUUAAAAUCUGUGUUCGGCAAAUAGAAAAGUUAUUAGUCGUACUUCCAUGGAUUCCGUUUUGAGACGUAUGUCACACUACUUCUGUACUUGGCAUUUUGGGUUUUUACAUUUGACAUGUUUCACAAACUGUACUGUUUUCUUUUAUGUGCAGUUUGCAUGAGUAAAUCAUCAAAGAGAAUAAAAUCUAUCUUUAAGUUAUGUUCCUAUUUUAAUGAAAUUAUAAUUGUUCUAAAAGGCAG